AUGUUAUAUUUGGCUGGCACACUUCGUUUCCGGUUCCGUUAUUUCCUGAAAGCAACAGGCCUCUGUUUCGACUAUGGAUUUAGUACUGCAGGAUUUAGUACUGCAAGAUUUAGUACUGCAGGAUUUAGUACUGCAGGAUUUAGUGCUGCAAGAUUUAGUACUGCAAGAUUUAGUGCUGCAAGAUUUAGUACUGCAAGAUUUAGUGCUGCAAGAUUUAGUGCUGCAAGAUUUAGUACUGCAAGAUUUAGUGCUGCAAGAUUUAGUACUGCAAGAUUUAGUACUGCAAGAUUUAGUACUGCAAGAUUUAGUACUGCAAGAUUUAGUACUGCAAGAUUUAGUGCUGCAAGAUUUAGUACUGCAAGAUUUAGUGCUGCAAGAUUUAGUGCUGCAAGAUUUAGUACUGCAAGAUUUAGUACUGCAAGAUUUAGUACUGCAAGAUUUAGUACUGCAAGAUUUAGUGCUGCACGAUUUAGUACUGCACGAUUUAGUACUGCAAGAUUUAGUGCUGCAAGAUUUAGUACUGCAAGAUUUAGUGCUGCAAGAUUUAGUACUGCAAGAUUUAGUGCUGCAAGAUUUAGUACUGCAGGAUUUAGUACUGAAGGAUUUAGUACUGCAAGAUUUAGUACUGCAAGAUUUAGUACUGCAGGAUUUAGUACUGCAGGAUUAAGUACUGCAAGAUUUAUUACUGCACAAUUUAGUACUGCAGGAUUUAGUACUGCAGGAUUUAGUACUGCAGGAUUUAGUACUGCACGAUUUAGUACUGCAGGAUUUAGUACUGCAGGAUUUAGUACUGCACGAUUUAGUACUGCAGGAUUUAGUACUGCACGAUUUAGUACUGCAGGAUUUAGUACUGCACGAUUUAGUACUGCACGAUUUAGUACUGCACGAUUUAGUACUGCACGAUUUAGUACUGCAGGAUUUAGUACUGCAGGAUUUGGUACUGCAGGAUUAAGUACAGCAAGAUUUAUUACUGCACGAUUUAGUACUGCAGGAUUUAGUACUGCAGGAUUUAGUACUGUAGGAUUAAGUACAGCAAGAUUUAUUACUGCACGAUUUAGUACUGUAGAAUUUAGUACUGCAGUAUUUAGUACUGCAGGAUUUAGUCCUGUAGGAUUAAGUACAGCAAGAUUUAUUACUGCAAGAUUUAGUACUGCAGGAUUUAGUACUGCAGUAUUUAGUACUGCAGGAUUUAGUACUGCAGGAUUUAGUACUGUAGGAUUAAGUACAGCAAGAUUUAUUAUUGCAGGAUUAAAUGUUCCAAGCUCUUCUGUUUGUCGCACAAAAUAA